AUUUUGACAGUUCCAGUCAGUUGUAAUUGACUACUGCCAUAAUCCUAAACACGCCCAGCUCCAUUUACGUCACGAGCGUGUGGGUUGCCUUUUCUAGAUAGAUAAGUAGCACAAGGUGUGGAAGAGAGAAGCGCGGCACAUUGGGGUGACGGAAGCUGGUAGUCUGUGCUAGUAACAGUAAAAGUUACUCCCACUACAGUAACACUAGUUUAGAGGCAAGUAUUUGUGCCCUUACGAUAAUUUUCAGGGUAACUGUCAACGCGCACAAUGUCUGAGAAGAUGGACAUGGAGGGAGGGAGGACAUCCAACGGCGAGGCGCACCUCGACCAGCCGCUGGCCAACGGAGCGAACAGCCACAAGAAGGGCAGCCCGGAGCCGCUGUCCCAGCGGGUGAAGAGGAUAGUGAUGGCCAACUUGCUGGUGAUUCUCACCGUGGCCGGGGUCAUCAUAGGUGUUUUAAUUGGACUUGGUGUGCGUAACGUGGCGCUGACUAGGACCCAGGUCAUCUACAUCGGUUUUCCUGGUGAGCUGCUCAUCAGGCUGCUGAAGAUGAUCAUCAUCCCUCUGGUGGUGUGCAGUCUAGUGUCCGGGGCGGCCAGCAUCGACCCCAAAGCCCUGGGCAAACUUGGCGGCUGGGCUAUGCUCUUCUUCUUGAUCACCACCUUAAUCGCGUCGUCCAUUGGGGUUGUGAUGGCGUUCAUCUUAACCCCGGGGUCCGUGUCAGUAGCCAAACCCAAGGUGCAAGGCUUGGAUGGCGACGUGCCUGCCUCUAAAGAAGUGAUAGACUCCUUCUUAGAUUUGAUCAGAAACAUCUUUCCCUCCAACCUGGUGUCUGCUGCCUUUCAAUCAUACGCAACCAGCUACAAGCUGGUUACCAAGAACGGCACAGAUGGAAACCCCAAUGUCACAGUGGAGAAGGUGCCCUUUGGAAUAGACCAGGAUGGCAUGAAUAUUCUUGGUCUGGUAGUGUUUGCCAUUGUGUUUGGUGUGGCUUUGAGGAAGCUGGGAGAGGAAGGAGAGAUCCUCAUCAAGUUCUUUAACUCCUUCAACGAGGCCACCAUGGUGCUGGUCUCCUGGAUCAUGUGGUAUGCCCCUCUUGGUAUCAUGUUCCUUGUAGCUGGCAAGAUCGUUGAGAUGGAGGAUGUUGGCAAACUGUUUGCCAGUCUAGGAAAAUAUAUUGCCUGCUGUAUCAUAGGACAUGCCAUCCAUGGCCUUCUUGUGCUGCCCGCCAUCUACUUUGUCAUUACAAGGAAGAACCCAUACACCUUCCUCUGGGGGAUAUUCACAGCUCUGGCAACAGCCUUCGGAACAAGCUCCAGCUCUGCCACUCUGCCCCUGAUGAUGAAGUGUGUGGAGGAAAAUAACGGCGUAUCCAAGCACAUCAGUCGUUUUAUCCUGCCCAUCGGAGCGACGGUCAACAUGGACGGAGCUGCUCUCUUCCAGUGUGUGGCUGCUGUUUUCAUCGCUCAGCUGAACAACACUUCCCUUAACUUCAUCCAAGUCAUUACCAUCCUUGUGACAGCUACAGCAUCCAGUGUUGGAGCAGCAGGUAUACCUGCUGGUGGUGUGUUGACCCUAGCUAUCAUCCUGGAGGCAGUAGGACUGCCCACCAAUGACAUCUCUCUCAUCCUGGCUGUUGACUGGCUUGUUGACCGUACCUGCACAGUGCUGAAUGUAGAGGGCGAUGCCUUUGGAGCCGGGCUCUUGCAGAACUUUGUGGACCGCACGUCGAAACGAGAGGAGGGAGCAGAACUGAGCGAGGUCAGGCUGGAGGGAGACCCAUCAGCUGCUGCCCCCGAGCACUCACCACUCAUCGAAAAGCGAGGUUGGAAGGACAGUGCAGAAAGUCCUAAGACAGUUCUGUCUGAGUCUGCCAUGUAAUCCAGCUGAUGAUAUCAUCAAUGACCCUCUCACUUAUUUGACACUACCGCCAGCUAAAACCUGAGGUUCAAGCCCCCUUUUUAAUUUUUUCUGCCCUGAAGAAACGGUUUCGUGGCGAGAGGAUGAAUUCAAAUCUAUUACGUACAGUGACUUUUGUUUCCUUGUUGAGGGACAAUAUUGUAAAUUAGCCUGGCUAUUGUUUUUGAGACUAAUGUUGCAUUUGGUCGGUCCUCAUCAAUUUUAAAGGGACAGUUCACCCCAAAAUCAAAAAUACAUUUUUUUUUUCCUCUUACCUGUAGUGCAAUUUAUCCAUCCAGAUUGUUUUGGUGUGAGUUGCCCAGUUUUGGAGAUAUCGGCUGUGGAGAUGUCUGCAUUUUUUUUAAUAUAAUGGGACUAUAUGGCACUAUAUGACUUGUGGUGCUCAAAGCUUAAAAAACAAACCAAAAAACACAACAGCAAUGUCUCUUUCCAGAAAUCACGACCCGGUUACUCAAGAUAAUCCACAGAUUUGUUGUGAGCAGUUUCAUGUAGGGACUAUUUUCUUUCUACCGAUAGUCCCUACAUGAAACUGCUCCCAACAAAUCUGUGGAUUAUCUUGAGUAACCGGGUCGUGAUUUCUGGAAUAAGACAUUGCUGUUGAGUUUUUCAAAUUUAUUUUUUUGGGCGCUUUGAGCGCCACAAGCCAAGUACUGUAAAAUCUCAUUAUAUUAAAAAAAAAUAAAGGCAGACAUCUCUAUGGCCAAUAUCUCCAAAACUCUGCAACUCACACCAAAACAAUCUGGAUGGAUAAAUUGCACUACACGUAAGAUGAAAAAUAUGUAUUUUUGAUUUUGGGGUGAACUGUUCCUUUUUUUUUUUUUUUUUUUUUUUUUAAAGUCAGAAUUUAUCAUGUGACCAUGUUGUAUAAACCAGAUGUUCAUCGGUCACAACUAAGUUAAUAUUGUGACCAGUAUAUACAUCCACUGCAAUGUCAAGAGGCUGGACCAGUGACCCUCUGCACAAUGUCGGUAAUGGCAGAUCUAAUGUUAUAAAUAGAAGACAUGUUCCAUUCAUUUAUGAUGGAGGGAUGAAAGUUACAUGGAUGCAUUUACCUAUUGGCUGUUACCAAUUUUUACACUCACAAGUAAACUGCAGGUAUUUACCACUUCCUGGUGGGAAAACGUGAAUUUCCGACUUUAAAAGUUGACGAGGACCACCAUACAGCUUGCUGCACCAGUCUGCGUUAGCAAGACAAGGUUUUCAUAUUCUCCAUCUGGAAUCUAUUAACUUCCUUAAUUUUUGUUGACGUCACUUUUUUUUUUUUUGUUGUUUCUUUUCAACUUUGUCAGAUUUAAACCUUCCCAGACAGGAAAAUAAUCAUAUAUAAAAUGUAUCAUUUUAUGCAUUGAAUACAUUUUGUAUUUUAUCAUACAUGAUUAUGGCCACUUUCAAGCAGAUUUUAUCUAACAUAUUUAAACUAUAUGUCUUGUAUAUGAUUUGUAAAGGAUAUGGAACAGGAGUUUUAACUAUACUAUGCAUGAAAAUGGCUAUGAUAAUGUAAGUAUGACAAAAUGAACAAACAUUUGUUGUUUUUUAUAGUUUUUUUGGGGGGGGGGGUUGAAGGCUUAUUGUGUCUGUGGUAACUCCAUCUCAAUGAUUCUCUUGAUCAAUUGAUGUACAAUGCAUUUCUCUUGGUGUGAAACCUGUUCUCAAGAUUAUAUUUAUGCUCCAAAGCACACAAAAUGAAAUAAUAUCCUCAAUAAUGUUCCAAAGCUGAAUGAAGGAACUUUUUCUCAAGGACUUAAAAAUAUGUCAACAUGGAUGGACAGAUUGACCUCCAAGCAUUUCUGCCUCUUCAGAUGGACAUCAGUGUGAUGGCAGGCAACAUAACCUCAGGUUUAACUAUGACUUGAAGACUGUCCUUCCAACUGCUCCUUAAUAGUCUGAGACCAAAAAUCACACCAACUCAGCAAACAGGAAGGAGACUGUUGAACUCCUGAUAACAUUGAACAACAUUUCCAGGGAGAUAUGCUUAAUUUAUUUAUUUUUUUUAAUAUAUAGCCCACAUUUUUACUCAUGCUGCUGCUCUGUGUAGGUCCCAGCAUUUUAGCAAGGCACAAAGGACUUUAGUGAAAGUAAGGCCGCUUCAACUUAAACCUAUUCAUGUUUAGGCUGUGAUGGCCAUGAACUGAAGAAAUACGAGUUAUAUGGGUAUUAAGGCCUCCUUGUAUGUCAUUGUUGAUGCCUCAGAUAAUUAUUUCUUAAAAUUCAUAUUUACUUCCCUAAGCCAAUGUUUUGACAUGUUAGUAAUUCCAAAUUUGUUAUUUUUGCCAGCUUCAAGUCUUCUUGUAGUAACUGGUUGGUGAUUUUUAUUUUUUUUUAACAAUUAUGUUCAUUUUUUUCUUGGUCUUAUUUUCAACUUGUGGGUGAAAGUCUGGACUGUGUGUACAAGAUGCUUUCAUUUGGUGAUUUAUUUUUAUUUUUUUCUUUUGCAGUUUGGCGGCAGGCAUUAAGAAAACUUCAAGACUUGAGACUUGUGUGGUGUAGCAGUGAUGACAUGAGUUGUAUUUGUUGUACACUAGAGGGAUACUGUCUGUUUUCAGAUGCAACAUACAUUAUGCAACAUAUGCUGUAUGUGAUUAACUGUAUAGUUGCACUAUUGAAUGUUUUAUGUCUUCCAUCCAUGUUAACUGUUUAAAGCUAUACCAAAUGACUGGGGCAAAUGCCGCUAAUGUUAUAUACAAAAUGUAUGCAGUGCGUUCAAGUCUGUAUUCUUGAUCAGCUUUAUACUGUGCUAAUUGUGCAGUAUUUCCCAUGAAAUCAUUGCAGGCUUUUAUAUAUCAAUGCUAAAACAUUAACUGUGGCCUCGAAACUGCUAUUGUGCUUCAGUUUCUACUUAAUACCUUUUUGGUGCAAGGUUGUAAAGAUGUUAACAUUCCUUCUGAGAUCUUUCACCAUAUGGCUGUCUGUCUGGAUUCAAUCAUAGUGUAUGUGUUGUGUGUAUGCACAAGGUAGUUGUACUGAUUUUAUUACAGUGGGGCUGGUUUCAAAAACAAAAAUCCCAGUUACAGUAUGAAUAUACUGUCUUUAGGUUUUAAACAAUAAAGUAAUUUUUUUUAAUAA